AUGGUGUCGGGAGAAGCGUCCAUCCCCUGGCACACAGGAAACUAGAAGCCAGCAGCCCUGCUCUUUCUAGGCAGCAGAUACAGGCAACAAGUGCAGGUGAUCAACUGACUGCUGACCCUCCCCACCCUGCCGCUUGAGGCAACUCUCGGUGGGCCGGCCCUGCAAGACAGCAGUCUGUUGGCCUGUCAAAGUCCUCAUACCAUCAGGAAAUUUCUUAAUGUUUCAUUUAAAAUGUUUCAAGCCCUGUGGUUCAUGGCCUUCCCUCUAGAGUAGCAGGUGGAGAAUCUAUGAUGUGGUUCCCAUCAUUUCUGGGCAUGUUGGUGGCAGUGGUUCAACAAUAUCUGGAGGUCUGCAGGACCCCCACCCCCCCAUCCUCCAGCUCUGAAGCAACAGAAAACAAAUUGACUCUGUCCUCUAACAUUUUAAUAUCAUUUCCUGGCUAGACAUACCCAACAUCUUUCCUCAUUGGACCUGUUCUCCAGGCCAUACCUCUCAAAAUAAUCAGUGCUGUUCUUCUGGCAUUACAGAGGGCUCCAGCAAUUAAGAUUCUCAGUAGUAUUUUGUACAUGCCAGGCUUGAAUUGCCCUCAGUGCUCUUUUCCAUGCUGAAUCACAGGAAAGGCUUUUGCAAUGCAAAUGCACUUUCUGCCCAGCCUAGGCUAGCUUUCCAUUAGCACUGCAAAGGCCACGUCAGAGCUGCUUCUGUGUGGAAAUACUCUCUGGGCUUUGGAAGACUGGCUGAGUGACAGGUUGUGCCGUGAGUCAGCCAUCUUGCAUAUGUGCCCAGGUUUUGCCUACCUUCCAUACUGAACUCUACAUUUAUCUCUGUUGAAAUUUGUUUUGGCCACUUCUCUGUCUUCUUGUUUCCGUCUUCCAGUGUUUUAGCCACUUCUCUGUCUUCUUGUUUCCAUCUUCCAGUGUUUUAGCUACACCACCCAGUUCGGUGUCAUCUGCAGAUUUCCAUUUCUUUGUUCAGUCAUUUAUAAAGGUGUUAAGCAACAGCAGACCUAGGUCCAAACCCUGCGUGGCACUCUUCUCCAGGUAAACAAAGAGGCAUUUGUAAAUGCUCUUUAAGUACAGUUCCUUAGAUACCAGUAGAUAACAAGUGUAAUGGGGGGAAAUUGUCAAAAGCACUGCUGAAGUCAAUAUGCAGUACUCCAAUGUCCACAGCAUCCCGCUGAUCUACCAGACUAGGGACUCAUCAACAAAAGGAGAUGAGCAUAAUCUGUCAUGCCUUGUUCUAAGAACAUAAGGCAAGUCCGGCAGGAUUAGGCUAAAAGGGGACCAUCUGAUCUAGCAUCCUGUUCUCACAGUGACUGGCCUGUGGGAAGCCUACAAGCAGGACACAAGCACAAGGGCACUCUCCCUGCCUGUGGCUUCCAGCAACCAGCAUUUAGAAGAAUUAUGAAUGCGCCUAAUCCUCUUAUAAAGCCAUCCAGGUUGGUGACCAUCACUACUUCCCGAGAAUUCCUUGUUAGCCCGUUUGUGGCCACAACCUUUCUCUAAAUCAAAAGCAGGCAGGGUCCGGUCCCGCCCAACAUGCCCACUUGCCCAGCACUAGGCAUCAUAUUUGACAUCAAGCGUGGUGCAGGUAAAGACGUGCCUCCCCCCAUCAGGUACUCCCAAAUGCAGCUAGUGAUGGGCUGCUCCGUUCUUAACUUGAGCGCAUCUCCUCUGAGUAGGACGAGCACCGGAGGCUCACCAGCCUCCCUCCAGCGCAAUGCACUUCAGAACAUACAGUAAGGAGAGCCCUGGUGGAUCAAGCCAGUGGCUUAUCGAGUGCACCGUCCAGCGAAGCAGUGGGAAACGCGCAAGUAGGACCCGAGCGCAAGAGCUCUUGUAGCUUUCAACAACUGCCGUUUAGCUGCAUUGCUGCGCCUGGGAGCGGGGAAGAGCCAUCGUGCCUAGUAGCCUUCCAGCCACGGCCGUCCAGGGAAAGAAGACGCCACAAACCAAGAGUUUCCGAAGAAGCCCUAAGAAGAGACCCGGGACGGACGGGUUCAGAGGCCCAGAAGCCGUCGGCUGAGCGCGUUCAAGUGCUUGCAAGGCUUCUCUGCUGCUCCUUGCCGUCGGGCGGGUUUCCAGCUCCGCGGGUUGCGCUCUCGGAGGCGCCUAGCCGCUUCCCCUUCCUCCGCCUCCUGCUCCUGGGGCUGGGGGCUUUCCCCGGCCGGCGGGGCGGAGCUUCCCAGGGCCCCACCCAGCGGCCGCGCCUGCAAAAGUUGCAGCCCGAAGCGGCACCAGCAACAGCCCAGAGAGCAGAAGUUAUUCGGAGAGAGCCGCUGCUGCGCCACCACCAGCCCCAACGUCACCAUGUGAGCCCCGUUCGCAGGCGGAGGGGGACCGAUCCUGAUCUGGGGGCGGUGGGCGGGCGUCGGGGCUCCCCGCUAGCUGCCCUGCUUGGGGCGGCGCCUCCCCGGCCUUAGGCCCCGGCCCGCUGCUUGGUUGCUCUCCCUCCCUUUCGCUUUUGCACCCCGGCCCGCUGGCCCGUCCCGUUCCUCCUGGCUGCCACGGAGGGUAGUGAAAGUUGUCCGGACACUCUCUCGUUUCUUUUCCCGGGCUUGCGUGGCGUGGGCAGAGGCGCGGCCUCUAGGCAUAGGCAGAGUGCCUUCGGGGACGCGUCUCCACCGACGCACAGAACGGCUGCAGCCCUAAAGUGGCCCGCUGCCGAAGUUGGGUUCUCGCGCCUCUCCAAGGCUAGUCCUCCUCGGAGUAGACGCUACUGGCUUAAGUGCAUUAAGCCUGCUCCAAGUAAAACUUUUUGGGAAGCAGCCCCAUGUCUACUUGGCAGUAAAUCCCCUUGAAUUCCAUGCUGGGUUAGGGCGGAAGCCUUAAAGCAAAGGGAUCCAUACCGUGCCUGUUCCCUUGUAAGGCAAACGAAGAGUAAUCUUUCAGGCUUUCAGUAUGGAGGGGGAAAUUGGAGCUAAAUUUGUUUGGGGGCUCAGCCCCUAUGAAUCACGGUGCCAGCGCUCAGGAGCCCUGACGCUCUCGAAGAAUUAACCACAGGUUGAACUUGAGCAAUGUCACCACUUUGCAAGGGGUGUUGUAUAUUCUAAUUUUCUUUUGAAAACAAAGUGUUCCCUGUUGAAUUUCAAGUGGUUCAGGGUGAGCAUGUGGGAUACAGGUCACCCUAUGAAAUGAGGCUCUGGCUUUUCUUCUGGUGCCAGCUGUUAAACAGCUGUUUCUCUUGCCCACCUGGACCAGAAUUCAGCUGGGAGGAGAUUAGUAUAAAUCACACAUUUGGGCUGAUGGGGCCCAACUUGGCAUGAUGGCUCCGUGCCAUUGAAAACCAACCAACCAGCGGGGCACCAGGAAGAGUCAGCUAGACUCGCCAACCUGGCUAGUCCUUUCUCUUCUCUUACCAAUUCUGCUGGGCAGAAACACCCCAAUGAAUUUCCAAAACUCACUUUCGGAUGGAGAUGGUUGUUCACCUGUGAAAGUGAAAGAGGCUUUCAGUGCUAUCCCAUGUUAUGUUUAACCAGGAUUCUCAGUGGCGUGGCCCCAUCACCUGACUGUGGCCCUCCCCUGGGAAAUGGAAUUGCUUCCCCUCACUAAUGGUCUUCAGAUGCUUGCAAAGUCCUUAUUUAUUCACCCAGGCCUUUAGGAGUUAAAUCCCCAGGGACCCAACCAUUAGACUGCUUUUUUAGAAGCUUGUGCCCUUAGGUAUUUUAAUGGCAGUGUGAAUUAGUUUGUGUUGAUGGCUUUAAUUACAUUUUGCUCCUAACUGGGUGGAAAAAGCAAUAUAAAACUUGCGUAAAUGCUACUCCUUAGCAAGCCACAGUCUGACUAAUGGGGCUUUCCUCCCUAAUAACUGUCUCCCAGCAUUGGAGUUAAAAAUGGUUACAAAGGAAGGGUUAGCCAUAUUGGACACUUUUGGAGGUUGUUUAUCAGUCGACAUGGAUAGGAUUUUACACCAUUCUGUUUUGGCAUAGGGAGACCUGCACGCAACACUGAAAGUUCCACACUUUCAUAUUAGCAGUUUAAUGUAAAACCUCCAUCAAACUUAAAAUAGGGUUUUCUUGCAUAUGUACAUAACACUUGUGUUAGGGACGUUUGGGGCAGCCCCCUUGGUCAACUGCAAUGCAUGCCCUUCUGUUAACAAGAGAGUGAUCAGUGAGGUGGAUCGUGCCCUUUCAAAACUGGUUGCUUCCAGACAGGGCCAUCUUUAGCAGAUGCAGCGCCAGGGUGCAAAUAUCCACCCAGCGCCCCCAAAUUACCACGGAUAGUUGGGGGGGCGAAGCCGUGCAUUGCCAGCUAUCGGGCGGGGCAAGUCUCCCCCAUGCCGCUGCGGGAGAGCGAUCCUUGCAGAGGCUUGGGAGGGAAGUUGCAUGCCCGUCAGCCAUAUGUUUGGUGGGGUGCAGCUGGCGGGUGUGCAGGGAAAGGGGAGGCCACUGGCAAAGCCACGCAGCUCCCCCACUUGCUUGGACGCCCCUGAGAGGCCGGUGCCCUGGCGCGACGCACCACUAAGCCCUAUGGGAAAGACAGCUCUGCUUCCAGAAGUUUUUUUGUGGGGGGUGUGUUGCCCUGAUAAUUUAGUUUUCAGGUGGGGAUUUGAUGCAAGAGAAACAACCCUGCAGACUUUAAAGGACUUAACUGUUAUGGGCAAAUCAUCACAUCCCGUCUUUGAGCCUGUUAUGGGUCUGGCGGUGUCACUGUGUUGACAGCCUCCUGGCAACUUGGGGUGGCUUUCCCUUAUUACAGGGGUGAGCCCUGUUCGACUCCCAAGACCCAUCAACCACACCCAGCAUGAUGGGAGCUUCAGCUGGUGCCCCCCUCUUGUGACUUUGCCUUCCACUUCAGUAUCACAAAUGGCACCUAGGCUGAGAUUUUAAUAACAUGCAAGUGUCUUGACACUUAAUUGGCAAGAAGACAUGAUUCAGCCAUGAGCUGAAAUCCUAAAGACAGUGAGGUCUAAGAGAGCUAGAGGUCACUUCCUGAAACUUUAAAUCACUGGUUUUUUAAACAGCUAAUCCUCCAGUUUGAAACUUUGCACUCUCAAAUGCCACUGACAUCUGUUUUCAUUUCUCCUUCCCCCAGUGUUUGUCUUUUGGAAGCUGCUUCUUUCAUGGUUUUAAUUUUUAAAGGUGUAAAGAUUGGGGGGGUGUUAAAAAAUAAAAUAAAAUUGAAAUCUGAUGUUUUUAACUCUAAAUGCUAAUUCUGAGCUGCUUUCAAAACACCAUGUGGUAAAAUGGACACGAAUCUAAGAAUCAACAUGUGCGGGGGGAAUUCUUUACCACUGGAAUUCUGUCCUGGCCAAGCACACAGCAGGCCGUGAUAACCUGACUGUUGCCUCUGACUUGCAGGUCAACCAGUGGCCCCUCAGGGGCUGCCGCUGCCCCAGGCAGCAUCCGGCUUCAGCAAACCCAGAACCAGGUGGAUGAGGUAGGUGUGGCACCAUUGUGGCUCCCCUGAGCAUCCCUGUGUGGUGAGGUUCAUCUGUCUCUUGCAAGACAUGAGCAAAGCUGGCCAUCAUCUGCCCUCUUCCUUCCUCUUUCUCUUUGGCUGCACUGCGUGAAGCUGCAGCAAGAUGCAUACUGUAGACUACCUACUCUGUGGGGGUUGGGGGUAACCUUCAAGGGGGGGGUGUCUAGCUGGUGUAAACUUACUGUGGCUUCUAAGUGCCAAGCAACUUGGCAACCUGUUGUGGUUUUCCUGUUUCCAGAGGGGUUCAGUUUGACUGUCUGCUGCCGUGAAAUCAACAAAGGGUCUUGUGUGGCCAACUACAAUUUAUUACAGCACAAACCAGCCUUCCAGAUGUUCGUCACCUCCCAACUCAUCACUGGAUGCUGGGUUUCGGGGUCCAAUACCAUCUGGAAGGCACUAGGCUAUGGGCAAGGCUGGCCCAAGCUUUCCUCUGCCAGUGGACUUAAUCCAUGGAAGUAUAUACACAGAGACCCCAGCUGCUGAAUCUGGCCAAAGGGGGCCCAUUCGACUUCCAAGGUAUGACUGUAUAUACAGUCAUGCCUUGGGUUACAGACGCUUCAGGUUGUGUUUUUUUGGGUUACAGACCCACCGAAACCCGGAAGUACCGGAACGGGUUACUUCCGGGGUUUGGCAGUCACGCAUGCGCAGAAGCACCGAAUCGCAACCCGCACGUGCGCAGACGCGCCGCUGCGGGUUGUGAAUGCUGUAGGUUGCGAACGUGCAUCCCACAUGGAUCACAUUCACAACCUGAGCGUCCACUGUAUAUAGAGGCAUACACAUGCAUGCUAAGCAUCAUUCUGACUUCUCAGGUGGUGGAUAUCAUGAGAGUCAACGUGGACAAGGUUUUGGAAAGGGAUGAGAAGCUGUCCGUGCUGGAUGACCGUGUGGAUGCCCUGCAAGCCGGAGCUGCCCAGUUUGAGACAAAUGCUGCCAAGCUGAAGAGGAAGUACUGGUGGAAGAAUUGCAAGGUAACUCUGACUGGGCUGCAGCAGCUUUCGCCAGCCCGGGGCCCUCCAGGUGUUUUGGAAUACAGCUGAGGUCCAGAACAUCCGGAGCGAACCAGGUUGGCAGAAGAUACGGGGUUCCCCCUGGGUCCCUGGACAGCUGCAAAGGAUGAUUGAGGGAGCCUCUUGGAAACUGAAGACCUGUAGGGGGUCAGGAAAGGGACACCAGUGGGAUGUUUAUUUUCUCCGGUUCCAGAGGGUAGGACCGACCCCGAUGGCUUCAGUUAAAGGGGAUUCCAACUAAACAUCUGGAAGAACUUUCUGACAGUAAGAGUUGUUUGACAGUGGAACGGACUCCCUUGGAAGGUGGUAGACUCUCCUUUAAGUAGAAGUCAGGUGGCCACUUGUCAUGGAGUCUUCAGUUGAGAUUCCCGCAUUGCAGGGUUUACCCUUGGGGUCCCUUCCAACUCUACAAUUCCAUGAUUAUGUGUUUUACUCCCUGUUAACUAAUGCACACAAUUUCCCAGUUCCUGAAUUAUUAUUUAUUUAUUUAUUUAUUUUGGUAAAAAUAUAUACUGCUAUAUUAUAUUGACCGGACUCCUUGUAUUAGUAGGCUGCUACUUCUCAAACAAAUUCACAGUUCCCAAAUGAUGUUAAAUGCCAGUAUCUGUUGAAUGAUUGCAAUUAGACAAAACUAGGAUACUAGAUUAAACUUGCAAAUUAUGGUGGUGGCUCGCAGAUUUAAUAGUUCUGCUCUGUUUCUCUUGGCAGAUGUGGGCCAUUCUGAUUGCAGUGGUGGUCGUUCUCUUAAUCAUCAUCAUUGGUAAGUGUUUUCAGUCCUGGUUAGGCAUGGAAUAUCAUCGACCAACUUUCACCAACAUGUUUCCCUGCAGUUUCUUUGGGCUACAACUCCCAUCAGACCUUGCAAAUAUGGUUGUGGCUGAUGGGAGUUGUAGUCCAAAACAACUGGAGGUUAGCAAAGGCAUCCAUAAUCAGAUAGAGGCCAUGGACUUGGAGACCCCUUGCUCCUUAGCCUGGGAUUCACUGAUAUAUUGGACCUCUCUGCUUCAUUUGCCUUUUGCGCCCCUGAAAAACGUCUUCAAAGAAAGAACUUGUGAUUCUCCAUUGGAAGGCCACUGGUAAUGCAGUCAAGUGGCUUUCUUCUGUCUCUUUCUCUCGGGAUUUGUAGUAAAGAGGAGCCAGGUAUUAUAUAUUCUGUUCCGAUCACAGUGGACCCACUGCAGACUGAGAUCUCUUCUAAAAGGUUGUGUGUAAAAGCCCUAAGGAGCGAAGAGGUGCUCCCAGAUGUUUCUGGACUCUCAUCACUCUCAGCCAGCAUGGCCAAUGGUCAAGGACAGUGAAGGACUGUCUCGCCAGAGUGGUACAUGCUCUGGUUAUCUCUCGCUUGGACUAUUGCAAUGCGCUCUAUGUGGGGUUACCUUUGAAGGUGACCCGGAAACUACAACUAAUCCAGAAUGCGGCAGCUAGACUGGUGACUGGGAGCGGCCGCCGAGACCAUAUAACACCGGUCACUGGCUCCCAAUACGUUUCCGAGCACAAUUCAAAGUGUUGGUACUGACCUUUAAAGCCCUAAACAGCCUCGGUCCAGUAUACCUGAAGGAGCGUCUCCACCUCCAUCAUUCUGCCUGGACACUGAAGUCCAGCACCGAGGGCCUUCUGGCGGUUCCCUCGCUGCAGAAGCCAAGUUACAGGGAACCAGGCAGAGGGCCUUUCCGGUAGUGGCACCCACCCUGUGGAACGCCCUCCCACCAGAUGUCAAAGAGAAAAAUAACUACCAAACUUUUAGAAGACAUCUGAAGGCAGCCCUGUUUAGGGAAGCUUUUAAUAUUUAAUAGGUUACUGUAUUUUAGUGUUUUGUUGGAAGCCACCUAGAGUGGCUGGGGAAACCCAGCCAGAUGGGCGGGGUAUAAAUAAACUAUUAUUAUUAUUAUUAUUAUUAUAGCAGCAGUUCAGCAGCCUCCAGAGGGCCACCUCUGUUUUCAGGAAAAAGAGUUCCCUGGCACUGUGGAAUAGCUGCCACAAAUGCCUCUGUGCCCUGAUUCAUGUACGAAUUGACUCAAGACUGUGCAGAUAACUUUCUGGUCUGAUGGCUGUUGGCUUCAUGCAGCCCAAUAACAUACAGUUGGGGAGGGUAAAACUGCCGCCCUAAUUCCUUUUGUUGAGUUUGUUCUUAAUGGGAAGUGAAUGGCAAGUGCUUUGCAUUCUGUGGUGGCCAAUUUUGCUAGUUGCCCAGUGUCAGAUGACAACCACUUUUUAUAAAGGGAACACUCUUCAAAUAUAAAUAGUUUUGCAGGUAUCCUUUGAUUUGAAGCAAAAAAUCAUGUUUCUUCUCCUAACCCCUUGUGAUUAUUAUUUUUUUAAAAAAAUAUAUAGUUUGGAGCGUGUCCUCAUGA